CGAACUAAACGUGUUUUGUGUGUAGCUAACAAACAAUUUAUUUAAAACAUUCGGCAUGCAGAAACAGAAACCCAAAGGUCCUGGCAAACCAGGACCGAGACCGCCCAAGCAUGGCAACAACAACAGCCAUAAAGGUGGCAAACAGUUCAAACACAAGCGUUCUAAAGAAUUUGCUAUUUCAAAACUGGCCGCAACCGACAGCGAAAUUCAGGAGCUUCGUUCAAAAUACGACGACAUCGAUGCGAGCAGCAUUAAAACCUUUGCGGACUUCCCAUUCUCGCAAAAGACCAAAAAGGCAUUGGCCGAGUUCAAGUUUGCCACGCCCACAGAAGUGCAGCGCCAGAGCAUUGGACCAGCACUCCAGGGGAAGGACGUGCUCGGAGCUGCCAUCACAGGCAGCGGCAAAACGUUGGCCUUCCUCUUACCGGUACUGGAACAUCUGUAUAUGAGCAAAUGGUCGCGUUCGGACGGCGUUGGCGCCAUCAUAAUCUCGCCGACCCGCGAGCUCGCCUAUCAGAUCUUCGAGACGUUGAAGAAGGUGGGCAAACAUCAUGAUUUCUCCGCGGGUCUCAUCAUUGGUGGCAAGAAUCUGAAGUUUGAGCGCACACGAAUGGAUCAAUGUAAUAUAUUGAUCUGUACGCCGGGACGUUUGCUCCAGCAUAUGGAUGAGAAUCCGCUAUUUAAUACGAGCACAAUGGAGAUGUUGGUCUUGGAUGAGGCGGAUCGUUGUCUGGACAUGGGAUUCCAAAAGUGUUUAAACUCAAUUAUUGAGAAUUUUCCACCCGAUCGUCAGACAUUGUUGUUUUCGGCCACACAAACGAAUUCUCUCGAGGAUCUGGCGCGUCUGAAUCUGAAGGAGCCGGUAUAUGUGGGCUACGAAGGUGGAGGCACCUCAUCCGCUGUCUUGGCUGUGCCGGAGCUGCUGCAACAGAGCUAUGUGGUGUUGCCGCUGGAGGAGAAGAUCACCAUGUUGUGGUCAUUCAUUAAGAAUCAUUUAAAACAAAAGAUUAUUGUAUUUGUGGCGAGCUGUAAGCAGGCCAAAUAUCUCUAUGAGAUCUUUUGUAAAUUGCGUCCAGGCGUGGGAUUACUGGCGCUCUAUGGCACACUGCAUCAAGAUCGACGCAUUGCCAUCUAUGAGGAUUUUCUGCGCAAGAGUCAUGUGGUCAUGUUUGCCACGGAUGUGGCAUCGCGUGGUCUUGAUUUCCCUGCUGUCAAUUGGGUGCUCCAACUGGAUUGUCCCGAGGAUGUCUCUCAGUAUAUACAUCGAGCUGGACGCUCGGCAAGGAAUAAAUCGCGUGGCGAAUGUCUGCUGGUCUUGACGCCCAGCGAGGAGGAGCAUAUGAUUGGUGCACUGCGGGAACAGUUGAAGCUGGAGAUACGUUCGGUGCACAUUGAUCCCAAGAAGCUAUUCUCGCCACGUGUCAAGAUCGAGGCAUUCCUGGCACAGUUUCCCGAUCUGCGGGCGUCGGCACAACGCGCCUUUUUAUCCUAUUUAAAGUCGGUUUUCCUGAUGCGCAACAAACGCAUGUUUAAUGUGCACAGCUUGGAUUUGGAUGCAUAUGCUCAGAGUCUGGGAUUGGCGGUGACACCGCGUGUGCCUUUCCUGCGGCACAACUGGAAGCAAAAGCAGGAGCAGGAGCAGCAGACAAAGCAGGAGAAACAGCCGGAACAGAAUAAACAGAGCAACUUUGAGGCGGAGAGCAGCGAUGAGGACGAGGAUGAGGAUGAUUUCAUCAAGAUAAAGCGGCGGGAUCAUGAUGUGGAAGGCGGUGCCGUGGAUUUAGAUGAAACUGCCGUAGACUCGGACUCCAAAGAGACGCCUCUUGUGGUGCCGAAGCGUGAGAAGACGGUGACCAAAGCGGCGCUGGCCAAGAAGGCGCUCAAAAGCAUGCAAAUCAACUCCAAGCUCAAGUUCAACGAUGAAGGUGAAUCCGUGGCGGAUGAGCGCAAUCAAAUGAAGGCAUUGAGUACAAAAACAAAGAAACAACAAAAGGAUGACGAUGGUGGCAUCAAUCUAAUGCUAUCCAAGGCGCUGCUCAAUGAGGAGGAUCAAUAUGAUAAGCAGCGUUUCCGGGAGCUGGUGAAGAAACGUCACAAAUUGCAACGCGAAAAGCUGCGCAAAAAGGCCGAGCAACAACAGAGCGACGAGGAUGAAGAUGAUGAUGAAGGGGACAAGGAGCAGAGGAAGGGAAUGCAACUCGAUGUGGAUAGCGAUAGUGAGGCUUCAGUGGAUCUAAGUUGGCUGCCAGAUCCCGAUAAGAUUUACAAAAAGCCAGGGCAGCACGAGAAGGAACAUGAAGAGCAGCUGGAGCAAGAUGAUGAAGAUAAUGAUAAUGAUACUGAUGAUAAUGACGAUGAUGAUGACGAGCCUGCUUAUAAAAAGUCCAGAAUAACAGACAAAUUAACAUUGCUAGACACGGAAGCCAUAGCGGCCAAUUUGUUGGCCAGCUAAUAGCAAAAACAAAAAAAAUAGUGGGUAAAAUAGGGGGGGAAAAUGAAUCGAAAAAUCUAAUCAAUAAAAACAUCCACUGUAAAUGCUUCACAAAUAUUUGGAAAA